AUGGACAGGUGGGACAGAAUGCCUUGCUGGGGACUCUUGCUGGUACUCUGGGGCUCCUGCACCUUCGCUCUUCCCACAGACACGGCCGCUUUCCGAAGGAUUUUCCUCAAGAAAACGCCCUCAGUCCGGGACAGCCUCAAGGAGAGGGGAGUGGACAUGGCCAGGCUUGAUGCUGAGUGGAGCCAGGUCACCAAGAGGCUCUUCUUCGGUAACACCACCUCCCCCGUAGUUCUUACCAACUAUCUGGACACCCAGUACUAUGGGGAGAUCGACAUCGGUACCCCACCCCAGACCUUCAAAGUCAUCUUUGACACAGGUUCUGCCAACCUCUGGGUGCCCUCCACCAAGUGCAGCCCUCUCUACACUGCCUGUGAGAUCCACAGCCUCUACGAUUCCUCGGAAUCCUCUAGCUACAUGGAGAAUGGGACGGAAUUCGCCAUCCACUACGGAUCGGGGAAGGUCAAAGGCUUCUUAAGCCAGGACUUAGUGACCGUGGGCGGAAUCACAGUGAUGCAGACAUUUGGAGAGGUCACAGAGCUGCCUCUAAUACCCUUCAUGAUGGCCAAGUUUGACGGUGUUCUUGGCAUGGGCUUCCCUGCACAGGCAGUCGGUGGGGUCACUCCUGUCUUUGACCACAUCAUCUCCCAGAGGGUGCUUAAGGAGGAUGUCUUCUCUGUCUACUACAGCAGGGAUUUCCACCUGCUGGGGGGAGAGCUAUUGCUGGGGGGCAGUGACCCCCAGCAUUACGAGGGGAAUUUCCACUAUGUGAGCGUCAGCAAGAUCGGCUCCUGGCAGAUCACAAUGAAGGGGGUGUCUGUGGGAUCUACAACCUUGCUGUGUGAGGAGGGCUGCAUGGCAGUGGUGGACACCGGUGCAUCCUAUAUCUCGGGUCCCACCAGCUCCCUGAGGCUGGUCAUGGAGGCCCUGGGGGCCGAGGAGCAGAGCACAGAUGAAUAUGUCGUGAACUGUAACAAGGUGCCCACACUUCCUGACAUCUCCUUCCACCUGGGAGGCAGAGCCUACAUACUUACCAGUGCGGACUACGUGCUACAGGACUCCUUCAGAAAUGAUGACCUAUGCACAUUGGCCCUUCAUGGUCUGGACAUCCCCCCACCCACUGGGCCAGUCUGGGUCCUGGGAGCCAGCUUUAUCCGCAAGUUCUACACCGAGUUUGAUCGGCACAAUAAUCGCAUUGGUUUUGCCUUGGCUCGCUGA